CACGAUGGCGGCCACUCAAGGGACGAACCCGUCACAGUUGCUCCCACUCGAGCUGGUGGACAAAUGUAUCGGCUCCAGGAUUCACAUCGUCAUGAAAACCGAUAAAGAAAUCGUCGGCACGCUGCUGGGUUUCGAUGACUUUGUCAACAUGGUGCUGGAGGAUGUAACAGAAUUUGAAAUCACGCCGGAGGGAAGGAGGAUAACCAAACUGGAUCAGAUCCUUCUCAACGGCAACAACAUCACCAUGCUCAUCCCCGGUGGAGAAGGACCGGACGUGUAGAUGUCUGGUUUUUGUGUUAAAUGCCUUUGUUUGUAAACCUUCAUAUGUUAAUUGUUGUAUUAGUUUCUCUUCUUGAGCGAAGGAAAACUGUUUUGUAAUAUUCUUUUAUUCAGCGUUCCGUGAAAAGCGCAUCAUGUCUCAUGGAUGACAAAGAUUUUGUUUUUUAAGAAAUAAAGUAAGAAUCUGACACUUUGACAGAACAAGUUUUUA